AUGCCGGCAAGAGCAGCAAACCAGCUUUCAGAAUAUCUACCUGCAGGCUGCAGUGGGGAGCAGUUUCACUGUGGAACGGGACGCUGCCUCAGUCCCAGCUUUGUGUGUGACGGUUAUGAUGACUGCGGGGAUCUGAGCGACGAGCAACAGUGUGUGUGUGACCCCGAUAGAGAGCAUCGGUGCGGAGAUGGCCGCUGCAUCACCAGGGACUGGCUGUGCGAUGGCGACCACGACUGCUUGGACAAGAGCGAUGAAGUCAACUGCUCCUGCAAGAGCCAGGGCCUCCUAGAGUGCCGCAACGGCCAGUGCAUCCCCAGCGCCUUCAGAUGUGACGGCGACGAGGACUGUAAGGAUGGCAGCGAUGAGGAAAACUGCAGCGACCUGCAGGGUCACAGUGCAUGUGGUGCGGGAAGCACGAGCUGCAUCGCCAGUGCCUGCACACAGGGAUGUCCUGCCAGUGGCACGUGCGACAGCCGCAGCAGCACAGCAAACUGCAGCCGCUGUGAGGCCAUUACACUGGAGCUGUGUAUGAACCUGCCAUACAACACCACGAGUUUCCCCAACUACCUGGGUCACCAGACCCAGAAGGAGACCUCCGUCAGCUGGGAGUCCUCCCUGUUUCCUGCUCUGGUGCAGACCAACUGCUACAAGUACCUCAUGUUCUUUGCAUGCACUGUGCUGGUACCCAAAUGUGACCCUGAAAGCCAGCAGAAGGUGCCCCCUUGCAGGUGAGCUCGCCUAUGCCUGUCUUCAGCAAAUCAUUACCGUAUCCUGCUGUCUUCAGCAAAUCAUUACCGUAUCCUGCUGGCUUCAGCAAAUCAUUACCGUAUCCUGCUGUCUUCAGCAAAUCAUUACCGUAUCCUGCUGUCUCUAGCAAAUCAUUACCGUAUCCUGC